AUGGCAGACUGCACCGAGCUUGCUGCAGAACUGAAGAGGUGGUGCCGGGGUGAAAGUUUGGAAGAAGCUAAGGCCCUCAUGGUUAUGGUGCCCGAAGAUGUGGAGAUAGACAAAAUAGAGGAAACCCUAGAGACUGUUAAAUGUUUGGGCCGAGUCCAUGUCCAAGGCAGAAUGUUCCACACCUCCCAAAACUGCAUAAUGGUUCUGUGUGAAUGCAGAGAAGAGUGCACUGACAAUGUACCUCCUGAAGUGCUUCAUGAGGAAAGUGGGAAACUCUGGCCAGUAAUCACAUCAAGUGAAGUUCCAGUUGUAAGUGACUUUAAUAUCAAGUUGAAAACCCUGCUCGAUGUUGAGGGCAAGACUAUGGAUGAUAUUAAAGGCCUAUUGCCAGAAUCCACUCCCAAGUCCAACUCCACUGAGUCUAUCUUGCAAGUAGUUGGUGACUUCUUGGAAAAGGCUCGCAAGCCACAGGCAGAAGGUGGUUAUCGGCGUUUACGCCUAUUCUCAGGGAACCUGCUGGUUUCCCACAAUGAGGAACCAUUCGACCACUGGCUUGAACAGGCAUGGCUCAUGGUGGAAGAAAGUGACUGUACAGAGAGGGAGAAAAGGCACAGGAUAAUGGAAAGCUUAAAGGGGCCCGCAUUGGAAAUUGCAAAGUCAGUCAAAGAUGCAUAUCCAGAUGCAGACCCCACUGAGUACCUAGAAGCCCUAGAGAGCGCAUUUGGUACUGCUGAAUCGGGAGAUGACCUCUACUUCGCCUUUCGGCUAAUGCAGCAACAGCCAGCAGAAAAACUGUUUGAUUUCCUAAGACGGCUGGAAAGAGCUCUCAAUGAAGUUGUACAGAGAGGAGGAUUUUCGGCUGAUUGCAAAGACAAAGCUCAUUUGGAACAGCUUUUGAGAGGGGCUGUUGCUUCAGAUCUCAUGCUAAUUCAUUUACGCUUACGAGAAAGCAAGGAAAAACCCCUAACUUUCCUACAGCUCCUAAACGAAAUCUGUACAGAGAAAGAAUAUGAAGCUUCAAGGAGAAAGCUUACUACCUCUGUUCACCCAGUACAGACAAAACAAUUUGCAGAGGCCAGCCAUGCAGAAUUACAAAAUCUCAAAGCUGAGGUCAAAGAGCUCAAGACCAAGUUGGCUUCCUGCAUGAUAAGUUCCCAAGAUGUAAAAGAGAAAAGUCACUGUGCUCUAUCUGUGUCCACAAUACAGCCAAGAGAACACAGUGGUGACACUGAGCUUGCAGCAUUGAGGAAACAAGUCAAAAGACUACAGCAGAAAGUGGCUUAA